AAUGACCUUUUUGGGCUUCUUUUUUCAUACACACUCUUAAACCCUUUCAAUUGGCCUAAAACCCCCCAAUAAACUUUGUUCAUAUAUGCUUCAUUUGCUUCAAUUUUGACACAUUUGGGUUCUCAAAUACCAUCUCUUCUCAGGAUAUCCUCUUACUUUUUAGAACCCGUUUGGAGAUAUAUCCACCAAAGCAUGGAUGAUAUCGACAUAGAAUUGGAUGAACUGGAAUUAGUUGCCGCUGCUGCUGGUUACCACUAUUAUAAUUCUAUAACCAAACAGCCUUCGUGUGGCUCAACUCCUAAAGGGUCUGGGUUCUUGAGUGAACUGCUCAGUGCCGACAAUGAUCUGUGUCGGGAAAUGUUAAGGAUGGAUAAACAUGUUUUUCACAAGCUAUGUAACAUCCUUCGAGAAAGAGGCAUGCUACGUGACACAUCUGGUGUUAUGAUAGAAGAGCAAUUGGCAAUUUUUUUGAAUAUUGUUGGCCACAACGAACGGAACAGGGUAAUACAAGAGCGUUAUCAGCACUCUGGUGAAACAAUAAGCAGGCACUUUAAUAACGUAUUGAAGGCAAUUAAGUCGUUAUCCCGCGAGUUCCUUCAGCUUCCUCCAGUUAGCACUCCUCUCCAGAUCCUUGAAAGUAAUAGAUUCUACCCGUAUUUUGAGGAUUGCAUUGGUGUGAUCGAUGGCAUGCGUAUCCCUGCUCAUGUUCCAGCCAAGGAUCAAUCUCGUUUUCGUAAUAGGAAGGGUAUUUUGACCCAAAAUGUAUUGGCAGCUUGCACAUUUGAUCUCCAAUUUAUAUUUGUCUACCCUGGCUGGGAAGGCUCAGCUACAGAUUCGCGGGUCCUGAGAGCAGUUUUAGAUGAUCCUGAUCAAAAUUUCCCUCCAAUUCCUGAAGGAAAAUAUUAUCUUGUUGAUACAGGUUAUGUUAAUAUGGAUGGAUUUAUUGCUCCAUUCCCAGGAAUUCGGUAUCAUCUUCCUGAAUACCGGGGUGCUAAUCUAUUACCUAGAAAUGCGACCGAGUUAUUUAACCACCGGCAUGCAUCACUUAGGAAUGCAAUUCAGAAAUCUUUUGAUGUGCUGAAAACAAGAUUUCCAAUCCUCAAACUUGCUCCUCAAUAUGCUUUUCAGACACAGAGGGACAUUGUUAUAGCUGCAUGUGUUAUUCACAAUCACAUCCGGCGUGAGGAUAAGAGUGACUGGUUGUUUAAAGACAUUGAAGGAAGAUAUGUAGAAGAGUUGCCUGAUUUAGAUGACGAUCCCGAUCCACACUUGGCUUUUCAGGUACAUGAACAGAGUGCCUCUGCCUUGAGAGAUUCCGUUACAGCAACAAUGUGGAAUGACUUUAUCAAUAAAUGGGAGGAGUGGUGAUUCAUGCUUCUUGAACAAAAGAUGUGAAUAGCUUCAUGUGUUCAUGGGAUGAGUGGAGAAAAGUUAAUACCCCAUAUUCAGAACCUACUUUUCUUUUUGAUGACGUUGGUGCCCAAUCCAGCUUGUGCGCACCUGGACUAAUUCCACCGGGUACCUGCUACUUCGCACCAGCACAGGUACCGGGAGCAAUCUAUUUUAGAACUUUAUUUGUAAGAUGCUAGAUGUCGAACAGAGAUUUCGACUUGACUACUUUCCCGGAUAUACUGUCAAAAGGGGGAAAGGUAGAUGGUGUUUGCCAUCCUGAGAAAUUUCACAUUCAUUUUUUGCUUCGGCAUAGUAAAGUUGUAAUACCAGCAAGGUAGCAAUCAUCAUUCAACUUGAGAAUCUUCUUUUCUCUUUCUGUGCCCAAAUUUUGAGAUGUUCUUUUGCAUUCAA